AAAACUCUUAAGUUUCUACAAACAGAAUGAAUCAGUUCCUGAAUCUAUGCUAUGCAAGAUUUGUUACAUAAAUAAAGUGGCAAUAGCUUUUUUACCUUGUAAACACACAAUUGCUUGCUUUGAAUGCGCUCUAAAGUUGGAUACUUGUGGUAUAUGCAGGACACCUUUUUAUGCUAUGAAAGCAGACAUAUAUGAGGAUCCAGAAGAAAAAAAAAAUUAUCAGUUACUAAGCAGUCCAUCACAGAGUUCUAAUGAUGAUUCAUCGCAAAAAUUAUUAUGUAAACUUUGUGGCAAAAAAGAAAGGAAUAUUUCAUUUCUUCCUUGUUUUCAUAUAUAUGGAUGUUCAAAUUGUGCAAAUUUUUUUUCUAAUUGCCCAGUUUGCAGAGUACAUAUUGAAUUUGCCAUGCAAGUGUACCUAUAA